ACUAUUUUAACCUUCAUUACUUUAGAUGUUGAUAUGAAGCCUUUGGAAUCAGUUCGAGCCUGGGUAAUGUCAAAAACAGACAGUCUUCUUCACAUUCUCAUUUUCUGCCAACACUCUGAUAGCAGUGGAGUUAUCAAUGAGGAUGAUAUAAACGUGGAAUUGCUCAGCUAUGGAUGUGACCCAGAUGCUGCACCGAAUGUAGUUGCAGCCUUUGGGCUUUCGGGCAAAGAUGCAAUUUUAAACAAAAUUCCAGAGCACAGUGGAGUGGAACGCAUGACUUAUGGAUUGGCCGUGAAUAUUAUUUUGAAAGAUUAUUCCACUUUCUAUCGCUAUGACCUUCAAGCCGCCAUUGGCGAAAAUAGAACUUCACUCCUUGUCGUUCCACCGUCUGGAAAUCUACGGCUCAAAGAAGAAAUUGAAGGCGCCAAAUUUGAUGUUUUCAUGACAAAGUACUACACAACUCAAGAUUCAGAUAACAUUAGAGCGGAAAUUCAAGUUGCACUGCUCUCACCGAUCUUGUUGGAUCACCUUAAUUGUACAAAUGGAAGUCUCAAACUAACUCCUUCUUGGGGUCCUGAUGAUGCUCAAAAUAAAACUCUUAAACACACUCCUACUGUUUUCGAUUUGACAGCACCCAAAUAUAUGAAGAAACUCAACUUUACAAUUGACGUGGUGAUUGGAGAAAAUUGUAAAAGAACUGAGUUCAGUCUUCCAAAUCCUCAUCAUGAAACAAUUAACAUCGAAUUCGAGAAUACCACAGGCAUUCUUUCUUGGGAAUUCGUAUCCCCUGAACUACAACCAGCAGUCAGUGAAUACACCGUCGAUGUAACUUUAGAAGAUAUCGGAUGUGGAACUCGGGAUAACGUGACUCUAAACUACCUUGCGGCUCUUAAUUGCACUAAAACCCGAGGAUGUACAACCCAUUUGUGGAGUGUGGAACAGUUCCUGAAUAAACGUGAUAUUUUGGCAAAUUAUAUUAUCACGAUAAGUCCGAAUUAUGAUUCAUUCUACAGUGGCAAUUCGGUAUCUGGUGCGCCUUCACAACUAAAAUUUACACAUGGCGAACAAGGACACUCAAGUAUUUCGUUAUCUGGGGAAAGUAUGUCUCCGUGGACUCAAGCAGUUGUACUUCAGCCCUCUAGGAAAGCCCAGUGUGCAGAAGUAAUACCAGAGGAGAUGGAUGCCAGCUUUGAGCUGACUGCAUAUGCUAUUCUUGCACAUGGAAAGGUUGAAUUGCCUUUGGAAGAUGUCCGAUUCGAAAAGCUUUUUCCCAGCACCUACGGAAUGGGUGGGACUUAUAAAGUGACCAAUUUACAGCCCGGCCGAGAGUACAAAAUUAAAGGAUUUAUUAAAUAUCCCGGCAAUCUUUCCGAUUUGGUUUCUGAAGAAGUGACCUUUACAACUCCUGAUGACACACUUUAUUUCGAUAUCAUUAAUUUCGAAAAGGAGCUUUUUCUAUUAAUAGUAAAGAGCAAAUAUUCUUUCUUUUCAUUAACACCAGAAAUUAUAGUGUCGGAAAAAUAUAUUCGCAAGGAUGUGGGAGACAGCCUGCUGUUCAACUGCUCAGCAGCAGUUGGAACCGACCCCAGAUUUCGGAAAGACGUUCGAUGGUUGCGAUCGGGAGAAGGUAGUGAAUCAAUGCCAGAGGGAGCCUUUUCACUGACAGCCGCAUUCCCUGAUGAUCGCGGUUUCCUCACAGCGUCUUUAAGCAUACCGAAAAUUGAUGACACUCAUGCUGGCCUAUACUGUUGUUCUCCUGAACCCCCUGUUGAGCAUUUCUAUGGUCAAACACCAACGUGCGUUGGAUUUCGGCUGAUUGUAAAUGAUCUCAAACUCGAUCGUUAUUACCUCGAAGCGAAUCCAGGAAUGGCUGUUUCUGUGACGUGCUCAACAAAACGAGAGGGAGAACUCCAAUGGCGUGGUCCCGACAGAAAUUUAAUCGCCUCCACACAAACUCGUCAUAUCUCAGCCAGCAAUUUGAAUGGAGGAACCCAGAGCCUAAUUCUUCUUUUAAAUGAAGUUGGCUCCGAAAAUGUCGGUGAAUAUCAGUGUUGCUUCCAACCCAAAGAAGGUGAAGCACGUACUCCUGAGACAUUUUCCCUGCGUCUGAAAGAAUCUCUAUUUGUGCGUCGGCAAAUUCAACCAAUAACAUCCCUUCGUUUUGGUGAGAUAGAAACAUUAACUUGUGUUUCAAGCAAGCCAGCAGGGGAGAAGCAACCGCGUUUAAAAUGGUAUCGAAUUCAACCAGCCUCUCCUGGUUCUAAUCCAUCUAACGUCACGUUGGAGUCAGUUGGGUCCUUCGAUGAUGGUCAUCUCGAAGUGAUUGAAGAGACGGAUGCUUCGUGUGAAGCGAUUCUUCGAGUAAAACUGACUCCGGCUUCUCGAGGAAGAUAUGUUUGCGCCUCAUUUACGGAGGAAGUGGUGGAUCUAGCUAGUGAAGAUAAAAUACUAAAAGAAGAGUUGUUGCAGAAAGCUGUUCAGCAUGUGCCUUCAGAUGUUUCGUAUAACAGUGCCGUAGAAAUCUCGGAACCCAUUAGCUAUCAAAAUGGUGAAGGAGUGACCCUCCGAUGCACAGGUUAUCCUUCACAUGCUGGUGAACAUCUCGAAUGGGGCCUUAAAGAAUUCCCCACUGAUGAUACCUACGUAUUCAAUGGCAAUUCUCAGGACUUAUUAGUGCUUGCCGAUAAAGAGAGAAUCUCACAUAUUAUGAGUUGUUUCCGACCAAAUCUCACAAAAUCAAUUGCUAAUUGGCCAGGCGCUGAAGUUUAUAAUCCUCUCUCUGCCAGACAUGAGCUCUACUCACCAGAUGAAAUUGAAAUCAUUGCUUUAUCGACGCUGAUAGAAGACCCCAUUUGUCAGGCAGCUAUUGGGCAACUUGUCUGUUUCUAUAGGAGCCAUACACCACGUUCAGCGUCAAGUUCUUCACACCCGACCUCAUUAGCCAUGCUUACGGAAGUCGGACCGAACUCAAGGAAAUUGUCAACUACUACUGAAGCUAAAAUUUCAUUGGAUUCGAUUAGAAAGGCAUAUAGCAAUCAGAAUCUACAAGGGAGCGCCUCAAUGCAGAAACCUGGACCCAAUAAAUCAAUCUCCAUCUACCGACACGAAAUAUUCACUAGCCUUCUUGUCGCGCUCAUAACGGCUAUUACAGCUUCCCAUGUCGUUUGA